UCUUACUGGACUUUACCAAAUCGCUAAAUCGGUGUUUUCUUUGAGAAUAAUCUAUUCUAAAUAAACAAAUAUGUUAAACUUCACUCAACAAAUCUCAAACAUAAAUAAAAUGGUUAUCUAUAAUAGUUAAUUAUUGUUAACAAGUCCAAAAUGGAAGAAGAGCUCAGGUGUAUAUGUAAAGAAUUCUACAGGGAACCAGUUCUGCUUCCCUGUGGGCAUGCAUUGUGUCGUGUAUGUGCUGUUUCACUUCAAAUUCACGUUAGCGAUAGCGACAAUGCAUCUGCAUUGAAUACAGACUACCAAGAAGCAGACAAAGCAUCUGUGUCGAGCGAGACUGAUAGUGGUGUAGUAUGUGGCUCAAGGCCUAAUAGUUACGCUGGAACCCCAGCCGCUCCAGCAUAUCCUACAGCAGUAUUUAGUAUAACUUGUCCAUUGUGCGGUAAACAAGCAUUUCUAGACGAGAAUGGAGCCGAGGGCCUCCCUCCUUUUCGUGUCAUGCGAACUAUUGUGGAACGUUUCGGCGGAGUUACGGUGGCUCCUGCGGCCGAAGAAGCUUGUCAAAUGUGUGAAGGGGAAAAGCGGGUGGCCAUUGUUCGGUGUGAGCAGUGCUCCGUACGUUACUGUGGCAGCUGCAGAGACGCCUGGCAUCCGACCAGAGGCCCGUUGGCUCAACACGAGCUCCGAGCUCUGGGGACGAUAUGCACAGACCAUGGUUCACCACCUGUUCUGUACUGCAACACAUGCCUACUUCCCAUAUGUCAAAGAUGUCUAGCAGAGAGACACUCAUCGCAUGAAACACAACAUUUAUCUAGUGCAGCUAGAACUCAUAAGACUGAAUUAUCUCAAACACUACAGCAACUAUCUGAAGAAGCCAAAGCUAUGACUGAAUGCAUACAACUAGUCAAAGGAUCAGGAGAUAAGAUUAAUGAAUCUUGUGAAGAAUUAGAAAGACAAAUAGAUCAAGCUUGCUUGGAAAUUACACAAGCCAUAGAAAGAAGGAGAGAUGAACUAAUCAGAGCUGCGCGCAACACAAGAACGGAAGCUGUAGCAAACAUGCGAUCCUUUAUGUCACAGGCUGCACAAAAAGUCCACGAAGCAACAGCAUUAUUACAUUUUUCAAUUGAAGCUUUAAAGGAAUCAGACCAUGCAGCAUUUUUGCAGGUGGGUAAGAUACUAACGGAUCGAGCACAAGAAACUGCAUCGGGGCUUCGGUCGUCAUUGGAGGCACCUCCAACUCCGCCCGCCCUGACACUCGACAUUGAACCAGUGCUAAGAACUGUAAAAACUAUAAACUUCGUAGAAUGCAUACCUCCAGAGAAGGAAAUGAAAUCACCAGCGCCGGGCGCGCCCGAAAUGGCGGUGGAGGCGUGCGCGGCGCGCGGCUGCUCGUGCACGCUGGCGUGGCGCGCGCCGCCCGCGCCGCACGCCGUGCGCGGCUACGUGCUGGAGCUCGACGACGGCUUGGGCGGGCCCUUCCGGGAAGUGUACUGCGGGCGUGAGACCGUGUGCACCAUCGACGGACUGCACUACGCGUCGCUCUACAGUGCCCGUGUGAAAGCCUUCAAUGGCGCGGGGGAAGGGCCCUACAGUGAAGUCAUCGGUCUACAAACAUCACCCGUGGCGUGGUUCACGUGGGACGCGCGCUGCGCGGGCGCAGAGGGCGGGCUGAGCGUGGACGCGGGAGGGCUGAGCGCGCGCGCCUCGGGCUGGCAGCCGCGCGUGGCGCUCGCCGACCAACCGCUAGCGCGCGGCGUGCACUACUGGUGCCUGCGCGUCGACCACUACGACGGCAACGCCGACCCCGCCUUCGGCAUCGCGCGGGCUGAGGUCGCCCGCGACAAAAUGCUCGGGAGCGACGCACUGGGCUGGGCGAUGUACAUCGACGGGUCGCGCUCGUGGUUCGUGCACGGCGGCGCGCACGGCGGGCGCGCGGCGGGCGGCGUGGCGGCCGGCUCCACGGUGGGCGUGCUGCUCGACCUCACGCGCGGCACGCUGCGCUUCACCGUCGACGACCGGCCGCAGGGCGACAUAGCGUUCACGGGGCUGCGCGGCGCGUUCUACCCCGCCGUGUCGCUCAACCGCGGCGUGGCCGUCACGCUGCAGCCCGGCCUGCCGCCGCCGCCCGACCUCGACCUGGCCAGCCUCGCCAUUCAAUAAACACAACGUUCCUGCGCUGACACGCUUGCCCUAACAUCAUUUUGAGACUACUAUAAUCGCCGUCAAAGGUAUCUAAUAUAGAAACAACAAAUUAUAAGUAGGAACGAUAAUAUUCGCUUUUUAUUCCGCAGAUUUUUGCAACAUUCAAUUGGAAAUUGUGAAGCUGUUCGCGAGUAUUUUUUCCCCGAGUGCGUGCAUCCAUUUGUAUAAUUCCCAAUGCAGGCUUACUCUAAGUGUCGUUCAGUUACGUAAAUUUUGAUUUGAUCAAAUGUCCAUAAAAUAACUAAGCUCGUAACUAGUGCUUGUAAGCGCAAUAAUAUUUUAAAAUAUAAAUAUAAACCACAUAAGUACUUAAAUGAAGAAACCUAUAUGUGUGUGAACUUGAAUUUAUAAUAAAAAAUAUUUUUUAUUUAUCUCAAUUAUUAGAAUAAUUUCAAUGAACUGGCCUAGGUAUCAUAGUGUUACAUUAUAAAAGAAUAAUGUAUGUGCCAUUUUAUGGUAUGUAAC